AUGAAAAUUCAAGCAUCAAAAGAGGGAUUAAUUCAACAACAAACCAUAUAUUCUAAUUCAUUGAACACUUCCAAACAUACUGAACCUUUGACGAAUUCUGAGAAAAUAUGGCAUCAAAAUGAUGACAAAAUCCGUAUGACAAAUGUUUUGAAACGAAAAUAUGCAGAAAAAAAUCUGACAUUGUCAUCAAAAAUUGCUUUACCUAAAGAGGACCAAAUAAUUAUAAUAGAUGAUGAUGAGGAAGAGGAAAUUAAUAAUAAACUAGUAAAAUCAAAUAACAGUUUAUUGACUCCUUUUAUCAGUACUUGUUCUUUUUCUACUGCUGCAACCAUUAAAAAUCCUGUAAUUAAUUCAAAUAAUCUUGCAUAUACAGCUACUGGAUCUUCUUCAAAACAGAAUAACAAUGCAGUAAACAUUGAUAAAUCUCAAACUGACACUCAACAAAGCCAUUCCAAAAAAUUAACAUCACCACAAUUACCUAAUAAUAAUCAAUUAGUUGGAAACAAUAAUUCAAGUCAAAUGUUGAAAGUUGAUUUGGAAAAUAAAGUAAAUUUAGAAACUUCAGUGAAAAACAACACUAAUAGUAUUAAUAGUUCUGAUACAUUACCAUCUCUUAGGAUAAAACCUAAUCAAAGACCUAAAUCAGCACUUCCAUUUAACAAGAAUAAACCUUCUCAACUAAAUACAUUAAAUCUGUGUAUUGAUAAUACUUUAAACAAUAGUCCAGCUGGUGAUCUAAUAUCACAUUCAAAAUCAAUACCAACAAUUGCAAGAUCUCCCUCUUCCCCAACUCUUCGCUCAGAAUUUUUGAGUAUUAAAGGAGAUAAUAAGGAUUUCUCAUACCAAAAUUCCACUUCGGAAUCACUGUCACAACCACCUUCAGAAUCUUCUUUGCAAUCACCUUCAAUUCUACCAUCGAUCACACUCACAGAUCAUCAUCAUCAUCCUUCAGUUUCAUCACAAUCAUCUCUUAAUUCCUCAUCUACAACAAGCUCAACCAUCAGUUCAUCAUCAUCACAACCUCCAUCUAGUACAUCCAUCACAUCAAAUGAUACUGAUGAAUAUAUACCUUUAGACAUUACAGCUUUUUUGGCUGCACCACGUUUAACACAGCGUGUUAGAUUAAAAUCAGGAAGAGUUGUUAGUUUUUCUGAAGUUGGUGACAGGAAUGGAUUUCCAGUGUUUGUUUUUCUUGGGAUGGGAUGUGUAAGAUAUUUUAUUGCGUUUUUUGAUGAUUUAGCAUCUAGUUAUGGCUUGAGAUUGUUAUGUCCUGAUCGACCUGGGGUUGGACUUUCAGAUGACGUUAAAGAAAAUGAACAACAUGUGUUAAAAUGGCCAGAUGUUAUCGAAGAACUUUGUGAGAUUCUUGGUAUUGAUAAAUUUUUUAUAUUGGCACAUAGUGCUGGUGCACCACAUGCACUCGCAUGUGCUAUUAAAAUACCAGAAAGGCUUCAAGGAACUAUUUAUCUUGUUUGUCCAUGGGUCAGUACAACAAUAGCAAAUAAUUUCAAGUGGCUUAAAUAUGUACCCACACCUGUAAUGAAAUUUACAAACACAGCAGGCAUUUCCUUACAACAAAUGCUUCAUGGCAGACAACCCUACUCAACUAAACCAUCACGCCAAAGGAAUUCGGGCGCUUUGGCAUUACCGAUUUCAAGUCUUGAGAGUAAACAACAAUUGGGAAUGGCGAUAUUGAAAGCGUCAUUUGCAGAAAAUUUAUCAGGAGCAAGCAAUGAUUUGUUGAUGUGUUUUGAAAGACGACACUCUUUUGGAUUCUCGUAUACAGAUAUCAAUCAUCCUGUGCAUGUAUUUCAUGGUACAAAAGAUGAUCGUAUUCCCGUGUCAGCAGUAAAAUGGAUGGAAAGUAACAUGCCCGAUUGUAAGUUAACUUUGAUAGAAGGCGGGAAACAUUCAUUACUUUUACGUGCUGAAAUAGUUGACACAAUAUUUAAAACUAUUGCCAUACAACUACACGAUAAGAAUGAAUGCAAGGCAUGUUGGAAUAAAGACGAUGAUCCUUUCCAGAAACAUCAAGCCAGUUCACCUGAUUGUCCGUGGGUUCUGUGUCGAAAUUAUCCAAAUAACAAAGAUAACAAUACCGCUAACGAAUCAACUUUGAAUUGGGACAAUAAGAAUCAAUGGCCAACAUCAAAAAAAUUAGAGAAUGCUAGAAUCAAAACUUUUGGAGAUGAUAAUGUAGUUUGUCCUUAUUGCAAUAUAAGUUUAGAAGGAUGGGAACCUGGUGAUGAUCCUGUAAAAGAAAAUACUAAAAGAUCUAUUACUUGCUUAUUUUUUGCUAAAUCACCAAAAUCAAAAAAAUCAAAAGCACAAGCUACUCAACAAAUUGCAGAUAAACUGAAAUUGAAUGAAUUCGGUGAUGCUAGUUUGAAUCAGGAUGAACCAAUGGAUAUUAUUAUUAGCAAAGACAAUAUUAUUAUUGGUAAUGGCGAUAUAGUUAAGAGCAAUAAUACCACUAACAAUUGUGAUAUUGUUAGUAAUGACGAUAUUAUUUAUAAUAAUUUUAUGGUGGAUGAAAAUAAUGAUGAUGUUAUUGAAACGAUCACCACCCCAACAUUUUUCACUUCACCAAUUCUAUCAAAAUUACCAACAUUUUUCACUUCGCCAAUACUAUCAAGAUUACCAACAUUGCUAUCAUCACCGACAUUAUCAAGAUCACCAAUUAUAACAUCAAAUCAAUCGCAAAUUAAAAAAUUUACCGUGGAAGGUUAUUUAAGAGAUUUGGGCGAACAACAAGAAAAGAAGCUGGAAAUUGAAAUUGAAAAAUUAUUGAAAAAUUAUUGA